GUCUGCGCCGGCUUCCGCGGCCCGCAGAAGCGGUCAGCUCCCCGCCGCGGGAGGCAUGGGCACGUGGCUGCCCGGGUGGCCGAGCACACCGGAGAACAGCCCGCGCGCCUCUGCGGGGCUUCGGAGCAGGGCUGACGCGGGUGGUGCCUGGAAGCGGCUGAAGGCGUGCUUGAAGCAUGGUGGCGCAUGAUGAGAUCGGAGGUCUCCUGCCUAUUAAAAGGACCAUACGAGUCCUGGAUGUGAACAACCAGUCCUUCCGCGAGCCAGAGGAGCCAAGCAAUAAAAGAGUUCGACCUCUAGCUCGGGUCACAUCCUUGGCCAAUUUAAUCUCUCCUGUAAGAAAUGGAGCAGUCAGACGUUUUGGUCAAACAAUACAGUCAUUUGCCCUUCGUGGUGACCACAGAUCCCCGGCCUCUGUCCAGAAGUCAUUUAGCAGGUCGACAGUCCCAACACCUGCCAAAAGAAGGAGCAGUGUGCUAUGGUCGGAGAUGCUGGACACCAGCACGAAGGAGUCUCUAACCACCAGGGAAAUCAAACGGCAGGAGGCAAUAUAUGAAAUGUCCCGGGGUGAACAAGAUUUAAUUGAAGAUCUCAAGCUUGCAAGAAAGGCCUACCAUGACCCCAUGUUAAAGUUGUCCAUCAUGUCGGAAGAGGAACUCACACACAUAUUUGGUGAUCUGGACUCAUACAUACCUCUGCACGAAGAUUUACUGGCAAGAAUAGCAGAAGCAACCAAGCCUGAUGGAACAGUGGAGCAGAUCGGCCACAUUCUUGUGAACUGGUUACCAGGCUUGAACGCCUACAAAGGCUAUUGCAGUAACCAGCUGGCAGCCAAGGCGCUUCUUGAUCAAAAGAAACAGGAUCCAAGAGUCCAGGACUUCCUCCAACGAUGUCUGGAGUCUCCCUUCAGUCGAAAACUAGAUCUUUGGAGCUUCCUAGAUAUUCCUCGUAGUCGCCUGGUGAAAUACCCUUUACUGCUCAGAGAAAUUAUCAGGCACACUCCAAAUGACCACCCUGAUGUUCAGCUUCUGGAGGAUGCUAUACUGAUAAUUCAAGGAGUCCUCUCUGAUAUCAACUUGAAGAAAGGGGAGUCCGAGUGCCAGUAUUACAUCGACAAGCUGGAGUACCUGGAUGAAAAGCAGAGAGACCCGAGAAUCGAAGCGAGCAGGGCACUGCUCUGCCACGGGGAGCUGCGGAACAAGAGUGGACACAAACUUUAUGUUUUCCUGUUUCAAGACAUCUUGGUUCUGACUCGGCCUGUCACUCGGAAUGAGCGGCAUUCUUACCAGGUUUACCGGCAGCCAAUCCCAGUGCAAGAGCUGGUCUUAGAAGACCUCCAGGAUGGAGAUGUGCGGAUGGGGGGGUCCUUUCGAGGGGCUUUCAGUAACUCAGAUAAAGCUAAAAAUAUCUUCAGAGUUCGCUUCCAAGACCCCUGUCCAGGCCAGUCUCACACUCUGCAAGCCAAUGACGUGUUCCACAAGCAGCAGUGGUUCAACUGUAUCCGAGCCGCCGUAGCCCCUUUCCAGCAGGCGGCCAGUCCGCCGGAGCUCCAGGGCCUGCCAGAGCUGCAUGAAGAGUGUGAGGAGAACAGCCCCUCUGCCGGGAACCUCCACACCCAGAGGAGGGUGUCCACGGUCUCCAGUACCCCUCAGGGGGAAGUGGAUGAGAACGCCUACGAGUGUGGCUCCAGGGUGCGGGUAGCAGAGGAUGGCAGGAGAGGAAAGGCGCUCCAGGCACAGCCCGGCAUCCGGAGAGUAAGGGACAAAGCCCAGGCCAGUGGCAAGCGGAAAGAGACCUUGGUGUAGAGGAGGCGCUGUGUGCCACAUGGUGGAGAGACUGUUUAUUUAUAAAUGUGUACAGUUUUUUCUCGUAAUGUGAGCAUGGGAGCACCGUAGGUUACAUUAUGCCAGUUGUAACAUUUUCAUUGUUUUUGGUUGUUCUUUUUCUUUUUUUUUAAUGGCAGCUAAAGAUACUCAGAUUAUUGUUAAAUUGCAGUCUUUUUUAAAGAUAUUUUCUUGGAUCAUUUAGAAUAUGCAAGCCUGGUAUUUUUAAUCAAAUGAAAUAUUUACAAAAUGGGUUUUCUUCUAAUUCUGGAUUCAUCAUGACCUUCUAAUAUCUACCAACUGAUAUUUACAGUAUUCACCGUCAUUUAAAAUUUGCAAAUUCUGGAGUUCUACCAGUUUCCUUGAUAAAUCUUGUAAGCAGAAUUUGACAUUUUCACAUUGGCACCCAAAAUUGACAUGGAAUAAUGUAUGUUUGGAGUAUUUCAAAUUUGCAUGGAAACAUAACUUCCUUGGAAAACAAACCAUAAGCUUUUGUAGGUUUUACAUUUUAUCAACUGGAAUGAUUUAUAUAGUUUUUCACUGCACAUUCCUCAUUUUUCAUUCAUUUAACCUGCCGAUUAUUUAAUUUUUUUUAUUGUAAAGUAGUUUUUAGUAUUUGCUUUUAUUUUUUUACUUUGAUGCCUUUUCAAAGUGGCAUGUCUUUAUUUUUCUUCCUGAUUAAAAAUGUGUGUGUAUGUGUGUGUAUAUAUAUAUACAUAUAUAUUUUUUAAUCAUAUUAACUUUACCAUGUAAAACCAAGCCAUACUGUUUUUGAGCCAAUUAAGACAAUUACAGUUUUUAAAGUGUAGCAUUUCAGGGUAAAGACACAUGAAAUGAGUCAUUCUCAACUACCAUAAGAAAACAACUUCAAGGGUUUUGUUGAAAGUUUUAGUGUCGACUGAGAAGCAGAGGGAAGGCGAUUGGUAAUAAGUGAAAAAAAGGGGGGAAGAGAGUAGUUUUGUCUUCAAGUAAAAUGUCUGGUUGUGCCAGAGCAUGAAAGGAGAUAGAAGCUUGAGGGUGUGUAGUAAGUUGUAGAAGGUUCGAGGGGACGUGGACUUUAUUUGCCUUGGUUUACAAAACCUGCAGAUACUGAGUUUGAAAAGAAACAGUGAAAUGUGUUGAGAAGUGGGCCACAUUAGAUCAAUUUCGGUGGGUUUAUUCAUAAGAUGGAAAAAAGACUGGUGAAUCUUUUUCUGCGAAAUAUUUCUGUUACAGUGGGUCAUAGGCUUCAAAAGGGGGAUGGGAGAAGGACCCUUUGUCAUGGCAGGUUUACAAUGGUGAUCAGUUCAAGUCGGCGUCAACUGUUAUGUGAAAUAUAUUUGGCCAGUGGAAAUGAAGAUUGGAAAAGACUGUAAAUAGAUCAACCAAAUGAUUUCUCUGUAUAAAUGAAUGAUACCAUUAAAAAAAAAAAAAAGCACACACAUAAUCACCCUAAA